AUGUCAUUUCUCAAGAUAGGGCUACAGUCUACUGGACAGUUGCGAACCGGCGAUGGUCGUCUUUAUCUCUCCGGAGCCCUUAUCGAUUGUCAGCCAUUGUGUCCAGCCCCGGAUGACCUGGAGGAUGGCAUGGAGGACGACGACAUGGUCGGCGUUGAGAUGAAAGAUGACAGAGAGUUAGAGGAGAGCAGGACAAUGACUUGUGUCGACAAUGAUCCGAUUACAGGCCCAGCUUCUGCACGCUUCGAGAGGCGUGUUCAUGCCGCCAACUCUUCUGUCUGCACGGAAGGUGCAGAUAUCGGUGAGGAUUCGGCUUCACCGUAUGCCAGCGCAUCUUUGAUCCAGCACAUGCUUUUCGACACGCCGUCCACACCCGCCCUGCCACAGCACAGCCAUAAUCAUAUCCAUCGGCAACCUCAUGAUCUUUAUCCACCGGCCAAGCAGUGUGAUGGUUCUGGCGGCCUUGGUGGAUUUCCCAGGUCGUCUGUGAGCCAAACGACGACCGAGAUAUGCGGCCUUAGCAACGGUGUCAAUUGCCCACCAGACAGUGGUAGCGGCAUUUGCACUGUACCUCCAAGUACUUCUGGCGCUGGUACCGGCCUCCACCCGUCGGGAAGGCACGGGAGUCCUCGUCUUGUGAUCCCGCCUCCACCAGAGUACCCGCAGCCGCCGUUACCAGCGCCGGCAAGCCCUCAGGACAGCCAGAACAGCAGCGCAACUGGCGUCGGUCUUGUGGGUGGUGCAGCCUAUUAUGCCCAAGGCGCUACGAUGCCAACAUUUCAGACUGGCUUCCAGCACUUGGGUGUUUCUGGCGCGAUUUUCCCCCCACAAGUAAGCUCAGGUCUUCCAUUUCUAACCGCUAUUUCUCUAAGGCCCGAUUUAGCUGUCUUCGACCAAUCUUCGUUUCGUCGACGUAUUUCGGGCAGCAUGAGAAAACUAGCUUGUCAGGUAGAAAAAAACACGUCUGAUUCGUUGCGAACUAGGGGUGUCGGAUUGACGUAG